AGACCAAACAAAAUCAAACCCGCGCCUUUGCCAGCGCUCGGACUUGUUUGGAAAGAGACAACGCUGAAGUGGCACGGGUCCCGAGGAAAACGGAUCCUUUAAUUUGACUCCGCAUGAGAACCACAUUUGGAGCUGGGCGUAGCGGCCGGAGCGGCGGGAGCAGCCCCGCAGCCAGCAGCCCCCCGUGCCCGCAGCCCCGCCGCCAGCCCAGCCCCGCCGCCUCCGCUGCUGCCCCGCCGGGCUCGGCGCCCCCCGCGCCCCGGCGCUGAAGCAACCCCUCGGGGACGGGGGAAAUCGUCUUUCUGCUGUAUGACCAGCCGCCGCCCGCCGAGAGGGAAGCGUCUGAAGGAACUGCGAGCUUGUGUUCUCGGAGCACUCCAGCUAUCACCUCCCUUCGCACCGGCUUUGACUUUCGUUUAGCUUAGGGGAACUGCCUUGCCGGCUCGUCGUCUCCUCUGCAUCUGGGGCUCCGGGGCCAGACUAUUUUGCACUUCGUUAAACGAGCAGCAGCCUUCCCCUCUUUUUCUUUCUUUUUCUAUUACUUUCUUUUUAUUUUCUUUUUGGGUUUUGUUUGUUUUCUUUGUUCUAAAUUUCUUUACGAGACAGUGUCCAAAAUGGUUCAGCCCGCUUAGCCCAAUGAUUUCUUGCUUGGGCGCUCUAAUUUUUAAAAUAUUUUUUUUAUUAUUAUUUUUGGAGGGGGAAGCAUUGAGAAACCCUUCAGUGAAGGGAACCUAGUGCUUUGCUCCCUGUAGAAAAGAAGAUCCGAUUCCUGCUGCAGGCAGAGGACCGUGGUUCGUGUAGGUCUUUCAGUCUCGGUUUCGAAGGGCCAGAUACUGCAGGGUCAGAGCAGAACUGCCUUCUCCCGAGCGGCUUGCCUAUCGUUCUUGUGGCUCCGAGAUCGCCUCCCCCUCCUCGCACCAGUCCUGUUGUUGAUUUUGUUUGGUUUGGUUUAUUUGGCUUUUUUUUCCCUCCCUCUUCCCUCUUUUGUUUUUUCCUCCCCUUUUUAUUUUUUUUUUUUUUAAUCUUUAUUCUUUCAUUGGGGUGGAUUUCCUCCCUUCCUUAAACGAAAAUACUAAGUCUGAAGCCGAAAUCCAUGCCCCCUGCAAUUCGGAAGAAUCGGGUCUAAUAUGCCAGUGUCAUCUUCGCCUUGCAGUAGUCGCGAUGAAGGAAAAAUCCAAGAACGCGGCAAAGACUAGACGGGAAAAAGAAAAUGGAGAAUUCUACGAACUGGCCAAACUCCUGCCCCUCCCCUCGGCCAUCACCUCCCAGCUGGACAAGGCGUCCAUCAUCCGCCUCACCACCAGCUACCUGAAAAUGCGAGCCGUCUUCCCCGAAGGUCUGGGCGACGCCUGGGGACAGCCGAGCAGGAUAGGGCCCUUGGAUAACGUGGCCAAGGAGCUGGGAUCCCAUUUGCUCCAGACUUUGGAUGGCUUCGUUUUUGUGGUAGCAUCAGAUGGCAAAAUAAUGUACAUCUCAGAAACAGCAUCCGUGCAUCUUGGCUUGUCUCAGGUGGAGCUUACUGGUAAUAGCAUUUAUGAGUACAUACAUCCUUCUGAUCAUGAUGAGAUGACAGCUGUCCUUACUGCUCACCAGCCUCUUCAUCCUCACCUCUUACAAGUGUGGUUUGUGCUUUCAGAAUAUGAAAUUGAGAGAUCAUUUUUCCUGAGAAUGAAGUGUGUCCUAGCCAAGAGAAAUGCAGGAUUAACGUGCAGUGGCUACAAGGUGAUCCAUUGCAGUGGCUAUUUGAAGAUACGGCAGUAUAUGCUAGAUAUGUCUCUGUAUGAUUCCUGUUACCAAAUCGUUGGACUGGUGGCUGUAGGUCAAUCCUUACCUCCCAGUGCAAUCACUGAGAUCAAACUUCACAGUAACAUGUUUAUGUUCAGAGCAAGUUUGGACUUAAAACUAAUAUUCCUAGAUUCCAGGGUGACUGAAUUAACUGGAUAUGAGCCCCAAGAUCUGAUAGAAAAAACCCUUUACCAUCAUGUUCAUGGCUGUGAUGUGUUUCAUUUACGAUAUGCUCAUCAUCUGCUGUUGGUGAAAGGCCAAGUCACAACCAAGUACUAUCGACUACUGUCCAAGCACGGAGGCUGGGUGUGGGUACAGAGCUACGCUACUAUUGUGCAUAACAGCCGUUCAUCACGGCCUCACUGCAUAGUGAGUGUCAAUUAUGUCCUUACAGAUAUUGAGUAUAAGGAACUUCAGUUGUCACUGGACCAGGUUACCAUUUCUAAGUCACAGUUUCCAUGCAGAAACUCAGUAUCUACCUCGCAGGAAACCAGGAAAAUAGUAAAACCCAAAAGUAAUAAAAUGAAGGCAAAACUCCGAACAACACCUUACCCACAGCAGCAAUAUAGCUCAUUCCAAACAGACAAACUGGAAUGCAGCCAGGUGGGAAACUGGCGAUCCAGCCCUGCAGUGAACGCUGCCACCAUUCAAGAACAAAACUUCCAUUCAGAAAACAGUGAACUUUUAUAUGCCCCGUCAUAUAGCUUGCCUUUCUCUUACCAUUAUGGACACUUUCCUGUAGAUUCCCAUGUCUUCAGUAGCAAAAAGCAAGUGCUGCCUUCAAAGUUUGGGCAGCCUCAAGGAGCACCUUGUGAAGUGGCUCGAUUUUUCUUGAGUACACUGCAGACAAAUGGAGAAUGCCAGUGGCAUUAUGCCAACUCCUUGGUACCCAACAGCCAGUCACCAUCCAAAAAUCUUCCUGAUCAGCCAGUGAACAUCAUCCGACAUAAUCUCGCACAGAGUUAUGAAGUGCCCAUAUCAAACAGAAGAUACAGCCAAGAUGCUCUAUCUGACAACUUUACAAGCUGCACAGCACCUAUGCCAGGCAGCAGAUACAAAGAAGAGAUUUAUGAUUCCAGCAUCAUGAAACCUAACAAAAUAGAAACCAGGAUUCAGCCACCUCACCACCUCAUUAAAGAAGAAAACAAGUUAGCUUUUAACAGAGACCUACAAGAAAAAAUGAGCAUUAAUGAAAGUUCUUUUUCAAACUCAAUAGCUAACUCCUUGCUGCCAAAAUCAGAAUGUUUCCAGUCUAAAGCUAUAGGACAACUAAGUCAUCUCCUGCCAAUGCCCUCAGUAUAUGAGCAAACAAGAAGGAUUUGUAUGAAAGACCCCAAAUAUGGGCACAUUAAUCACCAUGCUGCAAACCUGGAUGAACUGGACAGUGAUGAGAGAAUGACUGCAAAGCUUGAUCAUGACUCUGAAAGUGAACGUGUGAUGGAUGUGAGACCCUCUGGACAAGUUCCAUUUGUGCUUCUAAAUUAUCACCAUGUUUUAGCCAAACAUGGUACGUUUCAAACUUCCUCAUGUACAGCGACAGGACAUGUAGGAGAAAAUUAUGGAUACAAUUCUGAGGAAGUAAAUACAUUUAUUUACAAAAACCAAAGCCCUUCAUCAGCUUCUUCUCCAGAGGCCCACAAGGAAUCUGCACUACCCCAUUACAUUGGAACUUCUGUAAUAAUAGCCAAUGGAAGGUGA